GAAUAUAAAGUAAAGUCUACAGGGACCCUAGGGGGUGAUUCAUACCGAUUUUUAAAACUCAUUCAAUCGAGCUGAAAUUUGGUGUUUGGAUUUCUACUGACAACUAAUGGAAAAGUAUGAAUUGAAAUGGGACCUAUUUUCAUCUGGACGGACCCUACGGGGUGACCCAUACCAAUUUUUCAAAUUCGUCAAAUCGAUCUGAAAUUUGGUAGAAAAGUUGGUAAUGGAUGCUAAUGAAACAAUAUGAAUUAAAAUAGGAAAAAUUCUCAUCUGGAGGACUCGAUUAGGUGACCCAUACCGAUUUUUUUAAAUCGUAGUAUCAGGCUGAAAUUUGUCACAUAGGCUGCUAAUUGGUACUCAUGGAAGAAUAUGAAUUUAAAUUUGAAAAAUCAAUUUAAAUUUUUAGAUUUUUUGAUACACAUUUCAGAUAAAAUUUCAUGCAAAAAAGUCGGAUUGAGUGAUAACUCUUGGCAUGACUCGGGCUAUGUCAAGUCUGCACUGUUGGUUUUUUGUAUUUCUCUUUAUGAUUUUUGAUCAACCAUAAGUGAAGUGAAAUAUAUUAUCUACAAUCCAAUAUUUUUGUAAUUAAAUUAACUGAUUAUAUUAUCACUUGAUUGGACGAUCACGGGUAUAGAACAAUAAAUUUAUGAAGGUGUCAGUCGUGUGAGAAGAAGAGGAUGAAACAACAUUGAGAAAAUUAAAAAGUUCUGAAAUUUGAGUGAAUGAACUCCGCAUUUUCACUCCGCAAACCUUAAUUUUUGUGGAGCGGAAGUUCGCGGAGUAGGUCGCCACUGUGAAACGCUCCCACUCUGCACUCUACAAAUUUUGUAAAGUGCGGAGUGCGGAAUCUGGAGUGCAGAGUAGGGUGUGGUGAAAUGGGGCCCUGAUCUCUUUCUUUCCAGCAAAUUGCAAAUAGAAACAAAAGAGGAAUACGUAAUUACGAAAGGUGCAGGUCGUGUCGAAAUCGAAAUAAUAGCCAAAUAGUAUUCAAUGAAUACUAUUGAUGUAGUGCAGAAGGUGACGGACCAGUUGACCACAUCUUAUGCGUAUCCUUCCUGAAUCUCGUAAUCCCUCCUCCCCUACUAACAAAUUAUGCAACGCUCCUCGUCGAAAAGGAAUUAAAAAACAAUUGGUUAUAAUACAAUGGCCCCUAGUACGCCACACAGAUGCAGCGUUUGCAACUUUUUAACCUGCAAUUACAAUCAGUGGCUGGUCCACAUUUCCACCUGGCUUCAUCAAGAAGCACUUUUCAACACACAUGGUCAUGGCGAGGCGGAGUUGGAGUUGCCUCAUGUUCGAGAUAAGGUCAUCAUAGCUAGCAGAAUUCCGAAGAGCACUCCUCUUAUCGACAUUGCCAAACAUUUCUCAAAUUGUGGAGCAAUUGUGAACUUAAUUAUUGGAGGAAAAGAGGAGAAUCUUGAAGAUGUUCAUGGGAUUAUGGAACCGACGAAGCAGAUCAUUGUCAUAUUUGGCGAGAGAGCUGCAGUGAGGAAGACAAUACAAGAUCAAAAUGUACAAUGGUUAUGGGGGAAGAUGAUUGAAAUUCGAGCACUGUUUGAUGGUCAAGAUUUAUGGGGAGGACGACGACAAUCUCCUGCUGUUGAGAGUCGUAUGUCACUUGGGUCAACAUCAUCUGACCGUCAAAGUUUAGCAAGUAGUGCAGUUUCAUCACCGGUACUCCAGUUCUCUCCAUACUCGAAUAAUUGUGAAGAUCAAUCGUUGAACCAAUGUCAAAGUUUGGUACACCAGAUCAAAGAAGACUUGUCUGGAGUCACCUUGGAACAACAAGUCGAUGGAUUCUGCAAACUUGCUGGUUUGAGUUCCGACCAGUUGGUGAAACUUGCAAAUAUUGGACAAGAACUUUUGCAAAUUCUACUCCCCAAUUUUAAUGAAUGCACAAUUUUCCCUGUGGGACCGACCUUUCUGGGAGUUGCAACUGAAUUUGACACAAUGUGCUUAGCGGUAGAUCCUUUUGGGAAAAUGAAUUCUGAUAGAGCCGUGAUAUUUUGCGAUAAUGAAUCUCAAGAAGCAGUUGCCGAUGAAAUUUAUCGCCUGCUCAAACAACAACAAUAUAAUCUCAAGUUUUGCAUCGAUGUCGACAUAAACUUGUCAAAAAUCUCAUUCCCCACCAAAAACAAGAUAAAAAAGAUUACUUUCAUUCAUAAAAACUCCGGUGUGCGGUGUAGCAUAAUUGUGGAAAACUACUUGGCAAUUCAAGAUACAAAAAUCAUAAAAUUCUUAACAUCGUUGGACCCCAGAUUUCAUGAAAUUCUUUCCCUCGUAAACUUCUGGGGGCACUACUAUAAUGUAUUGCAUACGGAAGGUGAAGUUUUCCAAAACCAUGCCUUGAUUUGGAUGUUACUGUCGUUCAUGUCUUAUGCCAAAGUAAUUCCAACUGUGAAUGAGCUCUACGUGCUAAACAAGUCGCCAUUAAUCUUGGAAAACAUUGAUAUUGGAUAUUCUGAUGACGUAAAUCUUUUGUCUUCCGCUGUACCACCGAUGAUGGAUGAUCCAACGAUUAAAACAUUUAGCAUUAUUGCACUGCUUAAGAAUUUUUUUGAGUUUUAUGCCAAAGCGGAUCUUAAACGGUUUGUCGUUUGUCCAGCGGUUGGUCAACUCGUUCCGGUUACUGCGUUUGGAAAGGUUAUCAAAAAUUCAUUCCCGGAGGAAAUAAAGAAGCGAUACCUGUUCGGCAACAAUGGAGCGACGCGAGUAGAGAAAUUUUAUAUUGGCAGCCCGAUGGGAUUGCAACACCCAUUGGAUCUCGUGUCUAAUUUGACAAGAGACGUCACAUUUGAAGAAGUUCGUCGGUUUCAAUCCCUUUGCGCAGCUACGACAAUCAAACUUGGCAAGAUUCUUGAAACUGAAUCGAAUGAUGUAAUGUCAAUUUUUCUCAACUUGGAAGAAGAAUCAAAUUUGGAUGUCUUUGGAAAUUUAUCGCUAUCAUCAUCUACAAACCAAGAUGAUAUUUCAGACCAGAGUGAUCACGAAUCCACCACUCCAUUGGACGUAACUCCUGGUCCUAUUGAACCUCCUGUUGUUGAGGAAUCUUCCUGGGAAAUGGACACAGAGGAUGAAGAAAAUCCUUUAGAUGACAAUCGAGCUUAUUUGACACAAUUACGACGUGGAAAAGUUAGAGUUAAUCAAAGUCUCCGAAACUAUUUCGAAAGAGCAAUUUCUGAAAUUGAAGGUUCCGAUGAGAUAAUUCUAAUGGAUGUUCGGAAAAAAUUUCAGACUCUUUGGGUUCAGUACGUUUUAGAAUUCAAUUCUGUAUUCUGGUCAAAAUGUUUUGGAUUUGAACUAGAGGGCAUGUCCCUUGAACUGCCAGAUUUUUCGAAAACUACAGAUGAAAUUAUUGAAUCUCUUACCAUUAAGGAACGAUUUGACUCUAUUCCGACUGAAAAUGGCAAAUCUUCUUUAGAAUUUCAAUGCUCAACUAACAAUAGUAUCUCUGAUUUACUUUACAAAAAGAAAGUGUGGAAGGCAAAGUUUCUCCAUUCUCACAUACGCCCCUUGUGGGCAUUAAUUACAGAUCAUGUGACUUCCAAGUCAAUUGAAGAAAUUGAUUUAACCUGCGUAACAAAACGAGUGCCAUUGUCCAUUUUGAGAAGAAUGGAGUUUAACUGUAGACUUGACAUUACUUUUGAUCUUAGAGGGGAGAAUGAUCUUCCUAAAAACGAGUUUAUGGCUACCGUGGUCAAUAUCACUUUGAAAGACACGUCGUACAAUGAGAAUUGUCGAGUUUUAAGAAAUAAGAAGCUUCGAUUUUUACUCUCUGUUUAUGAAAAACUUGCCAUGAAAUACUGCAAUUGGCGUGUCAAGCAGUGGAUAGGUAGCUGCAAGGACGUAGAGUACAAAGCAUUUGACGACUCUUAUAAGCAGGAGAAACGACAAACUCAACGCGAGAGGAACGGACAUCCACGAUGGAGAAAGUUCAAAAGGAAGUGGGCCCUUAUUUUGAAGGAACGAGAGGAAUUUCAGGAGAGGAUGGAAGUUGCAACCGAGUUAGAUAAACGUGAUGCCCUGAUUCGAGAUAAGAGGCAGCAAGAGAGAGAAGAAACUGGAAAGAAGGAAGAAUCUCUGAGAAAGAAAAUCAAAUUUACUGAUGAUGAUGAUUAAGACUAAAAUUGUUCCAAUUAUUAUGUAUUUUAUUUCCAGUCUGGAGAAUGAUGCGCGUAUUUUUCUAUGCAUAUAUUAGUUUAUUGCUGUUUCCAGUUACAUAUUAAGUAUUAGUAAUUACUACAUGGAUGUGAUUAUGCAAAAAGUGUUGUAGCAAUGAUUCCUGUGUUAAACGGACCUGAUUGAUCUACGUAUGUAUUUACAAUGAUAAGUAUUUACUUAUGACACGUUCCAGUCAAUUGACUUUUAUAUAUUUUUGAAUGUUUUUUAUAUAAACUAUACGAGAACAGUCUGAAGAGAAAAAAAUGCUUUAUUUUUUUUUACUGGAAAACAAACGCUUGAAUUCUGUAACGAAAUGCUUUCUAUAUUUAGAUAGGAAAAACGAGUAAUAAAUAAUAAAAAUUGAAAUAAA